GGCGCAAUCUGUCAACAAGACAUUUAACAAAAUUGAAAGUCGGAUCAGCUGUUGUAGUUUUAUUUGUAUAAUUGUUAGGUUAUGCCAAAAGCUGUCGAUCAUAAUCAUAAGUUUUAAAUCAUUAGUAAAUCAUAACAGGUGGAAAUGGCUAAGGAAUUAACGGACGAAGACAUGGAACAAUUCGAUUGGUUGACAUUACAAAAGGACAUGGACACAUUAAUGCCACUCGAGACUCAUUCACAAAAAUUCAUAAGAAAAUUUAAAGAAAAUCCCUUUGUACCGAUUGGAUGUUUGGCAACAACAGGAGCAUUGGGUUAUGGCCUUUGGACUUUCAGAACUGGUCACAGAAAAAUGUCCCAGUACAUGAUGCGGACUAGGAUCGUCGCCCAGGGUCUCACCGUUUUAGCUUUGGUCGUCGGCGUUGGACUUGGGGCCCAGAAACAGGCAGAAAAGGCACAAAAACCAAUCUGACAUGUUCAAUGUUAACAAUUAGGGUAGAUCAUGUAAAUACAAUUGUUAUAAUUUAA